UGCUGUUUGGACAAUCAGCAAAGUAAAGUCAUCAGAUUUGUGAUCAACAUCACAUUUCAACCCUUUAAACCCGCAGAAGCAUCAAAGUGACCGUGACGCGCAAAACUGUGGAUGUGAGCGCGCGCUGUGGCUGAGUUUGGAUAGAGAGACACGAGCUUUUCCACGGACUUUUACCCUUUUUAUUUAAUUUUUUUUAAUCGUCCCUCUAUCUGCGACCACUUUGCAUCACACACACUUGCCGGCGGGCUGAUUGUUGCAGAAAAGUGACAUGCAAACAGGGAUGAAGUGGUAGAUGAGCUGCGGCUCCGUCGCGCGAACUGAUCCUGCAGGUUCUGGUGCGAACUGAACAACAAACAUGAAGUCCAGGAGUCAGGACCAGAGUUUAUCUGACUCCAGAGAGCUGGACAGAUCGUACGACCCACUAACAGGUAAUCCACCAUCCAAGCCCAAUAAAAAGACCAUAAAGCAGCGUUUCCUCAAACUUCUCCCCUGCUGUCGCUCUGGCUCCAGUUCUUCAAUUACUCAAAGCAAUGGCAGUGAUGAGGCUGAGCUGUCGGCGGUUCGUUACCGACCCGAGGGGCUCGAUAGACUCGUACAGCAGACCAACUUCAGCAAGAAAGAGCUGCAGGUCCUCUACCGGGGAUUCAAAAAUGAGUGUCCCAGUGGUGUGGUGAAUGAAGAGACUUUUAAAACCAUCUACGCUCAUUUCUUCCCUCAUGGAGAUUCAACCAUGUACGCUCAUUUCCUGUUUGAAGCUUUUGACACCCAAAACAACGGAACGGUCAGCUUCGAGGACUUUGUAGCGAGUCUGUCCAUCAUCCUGAGGGGCUCCAUCACUGAUAAACUCAACUGGGCCUUUAAUCUUUACGAUCUCAACAAAGACGGCUGCAUCACCAGAGAGGAGAUGACGAACAUCAUGAACUCCAUCUACGACAUGAUGGGGAAGUAUACGUACCCCUCUAUGAGAGACAACGCCCCCAAAGAACAUGUUGACAACUUCUUCCAGAAAAUGGACAAGAACAAUGACGGCGUGGUCACCAUCGAGGAGUUCUUGGAGACGUGCCAGAAGGAUGAAUCCAUCAUGCAGUCCAUGCACAUGUUUGACCACAUCAUCUAAAACUUGGUGGCCACAGACUCAUUUCCUUCCUGUCUGGAGCUCGUCUACAGUUCUUCAGCCCCGUUAGAGUGGACGGUGUUUCUGCGCCCUGAGCAGAGCAGAGCAGGGAGAAAAUGUCCCGAGGAUGUCUACCCCCAAACCACCUUUCCUUGUGAAAUAUACACUACCGGUUAAAAGGUUUAGAACACCCCAAUUUUUCCAGUUUUUUAUUGAAAUUCAAGCAGUUCAAGUCAAAUGAACAGCUU